AUGGACUUUCAUCCCACCAGAAUAGUCAUUUACGCUUGUGUUACCGAUAUAGAUGGUUUUCCCCAACGGCGCCAUGUCAAAAUUGGGAACGAGUUCUGUGAAAGUAUCUUAAACCGUGCAUUCAAUUCUACCCUUCACCCGGCGGGCUACGACCACAUCCAUAUUCCUGCUGACUUUGACUCACUGGAACCUCUCAAAAGAUGGUUUAUUCUUGAUUUGGUUGUCACCGAGCCACUCAGCCAGGAGGAUGUUUUGCACCUUCCUCAUCAGGUAUACCUUGCAAGCCAACGAAGUGGCAAACUAUCCUUCAUUCCUCGCGAUCGAUGGACUGAAAAAGCAAAGGAGAGGGCUGCUUCGUAUACUUGGGGGGGUAAAGCGGAGCAGAAGAUUGUUAAAAGCAUGCAGACAGUGAUCAAUAAUGAGACGGAAUAA